UGACACAAGCCGUCUUCGUUUUCCCCUCUGCGAUCCACCGACGAUCUCCUUCUUCGUUUCGUUCCAAUUCCUUCGUUCUCGGCUUUUCCUCCUCUUUCUGCUCUGCGAUGAAUCCCUAAGUCCGAUCCACCGAUGCCCCUCCGGUACCCGACCGCCGCCCGAGGCUGCGGCGCGGCCGUGGAGAGAUGGAUGUUCCCCAUCCUCUCCGUCUUGUUCGUAGCCGUCCUCCUCCUCCUCUCUGGCAUUUCGGGAUUCAAGGCUUCCACUGCCUUCCUCGACCGCCGCCUUACCGCCACCGAUGUUCGCCGCGGCUCCGCCCAUCUGCCCUCCUUUGCGUACUACAUCACCGGCGGCCGCGGCGACUCGAGUCGGGUUUUGCGCCUGCUUCUUGCCGUGUACCACCCCAGGAACCGAUACCUCCUCCACCUUUCCGCUGACGCGCCGGCGUCGGAGCGGGCUGACUUGGCGGCCAGGGCUUGGCUUUCGAUCCCCGCCAUCCGGGCAUUCGGGAAUGUGGAUGUGAUCGGGAAGGCCAGUGCGAUGACGCCGAUGGGAUCUUCAGGGCUCGCUGCCACGCUUCAGGCUGCCUCUUUGCUGCUCCGGCUCGACGACGGCUGGGAUUGGUUCGUGACUUUAACUGCCGAAGAUUAUCCGCUUAUCUCGCAAGAUGAUUUAAUUUAUGCUUUCUCCCAUGUGCCAAGGAAUCUUAGUUUUGUGAAUCACACUAGUGAUAUUGGAUGGAAGGAAGAUAAGAGAGUUAAACCCAUUAUAGUUGAUGCAGGGAUCUAUCUAGCUAACAGGAAAUCAUUUUUCAAAGCUACACAAAAUCGGGUCACCCCUCAAUCUUUCAAGUUCUUCACAGGUUCACCAUGGGUCAUCCUCAGCAGGUCCUUUGUAGAGUACUGUGUGCUGGGUUGGGAUAACCUAGCCCGGACACUACUCUUGUACUUCACAAAUGUAUUAUCGUCCCAAGAAGGUUAUUUUCAUUCACUUAUAUGCAACUCACAAGAUUUCCAGAAUAUGACAGUAAAUAGCGACCUAAGGUAUACGGCUUGGGAUAGUCCUCCAACAACGGAACCCCAUUUUCUCAACAUGACGGAUUAUGACGAAAUGAUUAAGAGUGGAAUACCUUUUGCCAGACAGUUCCGUCAGGGUGAUGCAGUGCUUGAUAAAAUUGAUAGAAUGAUAUUGAAACGUAGGUACAACAAGGCUGUUCCUGGGGCUUGGUGCUCCAGCCAAAACAGAUGGAUAGAUCCAUGUUCUCGUUGGGAUAAUGCCAACAUCGUUCAACCUACACACAGAUCAGAGAAGUUAGGCAAGUUGAUAAAAACUCUCUUGGAUGAAUGGGAGUCAAGUACUAGCUCAUGCAGGUAGUCUGGUAAGUUUAUAACAAGAUUCCUUACAGCUAUCAGCAGCAACAAAAUCAGUCCUCAUUAAGGUUCUCUGCACUGGUUAUCAUGUAUGAAGAUGAUCUGUAGACCGUACUGUUUCAUCAUUGUUUUUUUUAGGCUGGCUCAAAUCCCAGUUUCAUAAGAUUCUAGUUAGCUUUUUAGAAGAUAGAGCUCCAAGGAGGUGAUAAAUUUUUGUUGGCAAAUUAGCGAAGGUUCUAUGUUUGCAGCGAUCCCUGAUCAAAAUUUUCACAAAAUACUAGAUUCUCUGGUAGAUCCUUAACGACCAAGUGGAAGACUUCAUCAACAUAGAUUUUCACAUGGUAAGCGUAACAUAGCACAAACGACAAGAGACUUCGUUGGUUGUAUUGCUCAUCCAUUUUUUUCAUGUUAGGUAGUACAUAAUGCUAUUUUCUUUUCGAGAUUUCUUGAGGUUGUUUGAGUGGUUUGGCAACAACAAUUUUAUUGUCAUUGCAAUUCUUGUUACACAGAUUUUAUCUGAUAGCUUCUUGCGACCAUUGUAAGUGCACUCUUAUCUCAUUCAUGAGCAACUUUGUCUUCUUAGCUGAGUUUAGUUGAUUGUAACCUAUGUGUUGUUUUUUCA